AUGUGGAAAUCAGAUCCUGCAAGCUAGUGAAAUUCUAGAUAGAGAAUAAUUGUAGAGAGAGUAAGUGAUCAGUAAACAAAAACAUAGUAAGAUGCCGAUCAGAGAUAUUGCAAUCGGAAGGCCUGAAGAGGCAACUCAUCCUGAUGCACUGAAAGCAGCAUUAGCUGAAUUCAUAUGCACACUAAUUUUUGUCUUUGCAGGAGAAGGCUCAGGUAUGGCCUACAACAAGCUUACCAAUGAUGGAGCUGGUAGUCCUGCUGGUCUUAUUUCUGCCUCAUUAGCUCAUGCUUUCGGACUAUUUGUUGCGGUUUCUGUUGGUGCUAACAUCUCUGGUGGUCAUGUUAACCCUGCUGUUACCUUCGGUGCUUUCGUUGGUGGUAAUAUCACUCUUCUUCGUGGUAUCCUCUACUGGAUUGCUCAACUCCUCGGCUCCGUCGUUGCUUGCGCACUCCUUAAAUUCGCCACCGGUGGCUUGGUUACAUCGGCUUUUGCAUUGUCGUCUGGAGUGACAGUAUGGAAUGCUUUUGUAUUUGAGAUAGUAAUGACAUUUGGUCUUGUAUACACCGUAUAUGCAACAGCAAUUGAUCCAAAGAAGGGAAGUUUGGGAACAAUUGCACCCCUUGCCAUUGGUUUCAUUGUUGGAGCUAACAUUUUGGCCGGUGGAGCUUUCGAUGGAGCAUCCAUGAACCCAGCUGUAUCAUUCGGUCCUGCAGUUGUCAGUUGGACUUGGACUAACCACUGGGUUUACUGGGCUGGACCUUUGGUUGGUGGUGGCCUUGCCGGGCUCGUGUACGAGUUCUGUUUCAUUGGUCACAACACCCAUGAACAAUUGCCUUCCACUGAUUACUAAUUAAGAUGAUUGGAUCAAGAAGAGGGAUUGUCGUUGUUGACUUGUUGUAUCUAUUUAGUUAAAAUGGGUUUGUGUUUUUCCUUUAAGCCAUCGCUUUUCAUUUCAAGCUUCGUGAUGAUCAUGUAUGUGAUGAGAGCCAUUUGUGUUUAAUCUCUUGAAACUUAAUGUUGUGCUUCAUGUCUCAUUUAUCGUGUUUAAUUGGUAAUUUUUUCGAUUCA